CAACAGUGAAAACGAAUUCACCAAGAAAGGAAGACGCCAUCAAACAAUGAUACUGACCCUAUGCGUGAUUUUCGUCUCUACGAGAUCAGCUGCGGCAGCAUCACUGGGGUAUGGAAACAUGAAAAUCGAAGGAACUGGAAAAAUAAGUCCUGAUCAGACAUCCAUGGAUAUACACUUUGAAAUAGCAAACGUCAAGAAGACCCAGCUAUCAACACCAACAAGCUUUGGCAUGAAGCCAGCUCCUCUGCCAAUUGCGGUACAACCUGACGCACAUGCCCCGAAGCCAUACUCGUUUAAAGACAAGUGGUAUCAAACAGACAAACCGUCUUUUGGGAUAGAAACAGAUAGAGAAUUUCUGAAGUCAGCACUGGAGUCUCAUAACAGAUUUCGAGCAAUCCAUAACUCGCCCCCUCUUAGAAUCAACAUGAAGAUGUCAAGGGAAGCUGAACUAUUUGCAAAGAAACUUUUAAAAAGGGGUGCAAAGAACCAACCAAUGAUGCACGAGGACGUUCUUGUCCUGCGCAAGGAAGAUGAAGGAGAGAAUUUAGCAUCAGGAGGAAGCGGCUUGGGUGGACUGACUGCGUAUGGCGCAGUAAAAAAUUGGUACAACGAGGUUUGCACUUACAACUGGGGCAAAGGCGGUUAUGAGCCACAAGCUGCUCACUUCAUGCAAGUCGUUUGGAAAAAUAGCACGGAAUUUGGAAUCGGAAAAGCGGAAGGACGGAGAAAUGGUCGACGUUACACCUACAUAGUGGCGCGUUACAAGCCAGCCAUCAGAUACGACACUAUGGAAAACGUGCUGAAGGGCAAGUUUAAUCCAUCCUAUUGUAAACCGAAGCCUACCUUUUCACUGUUAGAUGGUAAUCAAAGCAGGCCUAGAUCAAAAGUGCGACCAAUCUUUGUGGCUCGUUUUCCAAAACAACCCGUUCAUACUCACAAGAAGCCAGCGAUUUUACAUAAAUCAUAUUCCUUGAAUAGGAGCAGGAUUAAUCAAAAGGAAAUGGUAAACCGGUCGGCAGGUUCGUAUGACUCAAGCAAUGCCAAGUACAAUGAGAGAUACUUAAAGGCUGUAGGCAAAGCAACUCACUACGCGCAAGGUCACCUGAACGAUAAACUAAGCUAUUACGCCGGAAACUCCUGGAGCGCAAACACCGAAAACCGAUCGUCCACGACAGCGUCCGAGUAUUUCCCGAAGCAAGCCGAAGUUCUAGAGGAGUUCUUCGAGGGAGACGAUCCAGAUAAAGAAAAAUAUUAUCAAGGAAAUGGAAAAUAUGGAACUGUAGAAAGCAUGAGGCAUAGUCUCAUACCCGUUAUGAACAGUGAGGAUGCCGAGAUUGACGAUGACCCAUCCGAAGAAGAACAAUCAGCAAAAAGGCUGCCACCAAAACAAUCUUAGAACAAUUUGCCAGUUGCACUCGAGCAAUGUAUUUAUAACACCUUGGAAAAUAAGGCACUAGAUAUA